ACUAAGGAUCAGAACGACUGCAAGUUCUCCUGCUCCACGAACGCUCCAAGUCUGCCCGUGACCAGCUCGGACAACUGCGAUUAGCCUUCGGAAGUAAGGUGGUUAUUUUCAAAAAGAUGGUGUAGCUAUCAUUUCACAAAUGGCUGUGAGUGAAAGAAAUGAUAGGACUGGCAUUCAUUUCAUAUUCGAAGAAUUUCUAACGGACUCACACCUAGCACAACCUCCAGCACCAUGGAGCCGCUGUCGAAUUCCGCCGAUGCGCCUCAUCUCCCUGCACAGGCAAGCCAUUACUCAUCACGUACCAAUCAAUCAGGACAAUAGACCAUCAUUCCCUGACAAUACCACCUUCAGGGUCCGUACGUUUCGAGGUGGCCUAUUAAAAUGCCGGAUCUUGCUGCUACUAUAAAGCUAAAGAUCUAAAACCCCACCAAAGUUCGACUCAGCUCUUAGAAUUCUCUCGACGUGCAAGGGAGAUACGCGUCUCCGAAGUAAAAACAAUAAUUUCAAGAGCAUGCCUCCCCGCAACAAACCUCAGCCUCAGGGACGAAAUGCUGGCCAACCAGAAGUCCAACGUCCCGUUAUCCCUGAUCCGCCGCCGUGCACAGCACCAUCUCCGAAUUUGACAACGUUCUAUCACCUUCUGUUCACUCAAACUCCUCGCGUGGCUUCUACAUAUGACGUGAGUGCCUUGAAGGGCACAGGGACGCCGGCUGGAUACGAUAUUAACGAGGUCAAAAAAAACCUCGAUAAAGCAUCACCUACGCCGCUCUAUCGUUGUCGAGGGCUAGGCUUGAUUUUUGCCCCCGACCUCCUUGCGGAUCUGAUCGAGACAGCAGAGGAGCACUUGCGAGGAAUCCCUGUCGAAUGGGACAACCCAGCUCACCGUUCGUUGAUAGCACAUAUUCAUCCGUACAUCACUACAGCGAAACUGCCUCCUACAAUCUAUAGCGAAAAGGAUAGCGAGAGAUGGGUCAUGGAUGGGCUGCUGCAGCCUGCGCUCCUGGUGCUUCGCCAUGAGCAAGGUCAACAGCUGUGCCCACCCAGUACCUUGCCUGCGGAGACUCAGAGACCCCAUCUAUCUUCAGCUCCGAACCGGGGUGCGUUUCCCAUCCCCGAUGCGCUUCUCGUCAAGCGAGGAUGUAAACCUGCAGAGGAAGGUUUCUCUAUGCCUUUGACCGUUGAGGUCAAAGUGCAUACGGUGUGCGCAUAUGGCGAAGAUGACAUCUUCAGCUCACUUCAGAAGGAACACUCCACAUAUCGGCCAGGCGCACUGAUGUGGUUCAACUGGCCUCGCACGGCAGACCAUGUUACUAAAGUUACAGAUCGGAUCAUCGUUCAAGUGAUUUCGCAAAUGCAUGCCUACAAGAACAACAUGUGCAUUCUCUCGUGGUAUAAAGGCACGAUAUUCUUCUUGCGACGAGGUACACGAUACUAUUUGUCACCGACCUAUAACAAUGAGACUGCCGUCCUAAUCGCCAUCUAUGCAUGGUUUGCGAAGGCACUAGAGUUGGAAUGGAUUAAGGACGUGAACUUCAAUCAUCCUCUAGAAGAGCAUAUGGACCACUGGGACAAGAAACGCAUGCAAAACGUAGAAGAGGCCGGUCUUUGUAUUCCAACCCUUUUCGGUGACCCAGCGAUCCGAUGAAUGGCAGGGAACGAAGUGUAAGGAGGAAGGAUGUGUACAAUAUCAACAAGCUGGUUCAAAUGUUUCGAUGCUAUGCCAAUUCUUUUUUUAUGCCCCUCGUGUUCAUAAAUCUUCAUUACUAUGUCCUAGUUGUAACAUUAUUUAUGUCGUAUACAG